GAUAGUAUUUUGGCCGCACAAUUCACCGGUUGUAAGGCGAUUGAGUCGGGUGAAUUCAGUACUGUAUUUAAAGCAAAGCACAGAUUGGAUGGCAAAACGUACGCGGUGAAAAAAUUAAAAUUAGACCGAAUGGAAAAGCAACUUAGUGAGGGCGCAUUCUUCACCGAACAAGAUAAGCGGGUUGAAGCAGAAGUGAAAACAUUGACCAAGCUCAACACAGAGUUUGUGCUCAAGUACUACAACUCGUGGACUCAGGAGCAACACCUCUACGUAUUCACGGAGUACUGCAAACAAACGCUCGCAGAAGUACUCAAUGAGAAACACGAGGCGUUUGGACGCCAACCGACGGAACCCAUGGAAAGCAUUGAAUACUUUAUUUCGUGCGAAAUAUUUCGCGAACUCUUGGAGUGUUUGCAAUACAUUCAUGGCUUGUAUCCGCCGGUUAUUCACAGGAAUAUAAAGCCUAACAAUAUUUAUAUUUCUUAUGAUAAUAAAAACAGUCGGUUUAUAAAGUUGGGUGACUUUGGUUUGGCCACAGAUUACGAGCACAGGGCCAACACUCAGAGCGACCCGAAUGGCAAAUAUAUGGCACCGGAAGUGAGGGAUGGUUCGCAUUAUAGCAUUAAAGCCGAUGUUUAUAGCGUGGGAUGUGUGGCAGCGGAUCUGUUUGACAUUAAUACUGUGUAA